AUGGGCUGGUCCCAGAUGUGCGAGUCGUACGCGAUUGGGGCCGUCUCGCCCCGCCUCUGGUUUGCAGCCGCGUCGCACGAGUCGGUGCAGCUCGCCCGCCGGCUGAGCGCGCGGCUCGGCGGCGCGCUCUUCGGCGACGAGGGCAUGGUUGCGGGGGGGAUGGUUUGGCCGGCGCACGAGGCGGAGCCGUACGUGCUGACGGAGGAGCUGGUCGGGCCGGCGCACGACGGCAUCACUCGCGCGGGCGCCUCGCUGCGCGUGCUCGAGGGGCGCUGCUUUGGCGGCGGGAAGGUCGUCGCCUCGCUGCCGUCGCCGUCGAGCUCGAGAGGCGCCGCGACGGACGACGUCCUCACGGCGCGCGCCUUCCUGGCGAGGCCGCAGGUGCUCUCCUCGGGCUGCGGGGCGACGCCUCUCGCGCCGCCAGAGGAGGCGAUGGGCGAGGCGGGGGCGGAGCGACGGCGGAGACGGCGCCCUCGAUGGCGCCUCCCUCACGCGCCCACGGGCUCGCUCCCGUAG